UUCACACAGAGAAAUCGUGAUCUGACAGCGGCGAGUUGUUCCGUGAAGGACUCGACUCGGACUUGUCCUCUCUCACGGACCUGUGGACUCUUAUUAUCCUGGAUCUUGUGUAACAUUUGACUGACUUCAGCAUGACUCUGGAAGAGCUGGUUGGAUGCAACCGCACCGACAAAAAGAUGGACUCGGCGGCCCAGGCUCUGGAGGAGCUGCUGGUCGCGGCUCAGGGCCAGGACUGUCUCACGGUGGGAGUCUACGAAUCAGCCAAACUCAUGAACGUGGACCCGGACAGCGUGGUUCUAUGCGUCCUGGCCACGGAUGCGGAGGACGAGGACGACAUCGCGUUGCAGAUCCACUUCACGCUGCUGCAGGCCUUCUGCUGCGACAACGACAUCAACAUCCUGCGGCUGAACGGCGUGCGCCGCCUAGGGGCGCUGCUGGGGAACCUCAGCGGGGACAGCAACGAGCCCCUCGACCUGCACUGCAUCCUGGUCACGAACCCUCCGUGCAGGUCACUGCACUGCCAGGCCCUGCAGGACAUCAGCACCUUCUGUGAGGAGAGCCGCUGUGGGAACCAGUGGGUUCCCAGCCUCCAGCUGCAGGAUCGCUGAGAAAAACCAAGUGCAACCGCUGCAGAGCAGCGAGCACAGAGGAAACAAACGGCCACAGUCCGCUGGACUAUGAAUGGCAUUUGAAGAACGGAGUGGACGGACCAGACUGGACCACCAUUCUGCCAGCAGCAGAUUUUCUGGAGGAGGUGUGGCUUCCAGUGCUGGGCGGGUUCUGCCAGACUGGUGGCUUCCUGUGAGUGAGGAAGGAUCUGAACUUACAGUUCUGAUUUCUAAUGAUCUGAACCUGAGUGAACACAUGAACUAAUGGAUGCAUGAAUCAAGGACAGGACACAUGGAGUAGUUAACACAUGGACAGGUGAAUCAAUUAAUCCAUGAACCAGUGGACAGGCGAAUCAGUUAAUACACAAACACACAUGAAUCUGUUAUCACAUGAAACAUUGGACUCUAUUCACCAUGAGCCGAAACAUGGAUGAACUAAUUAACCCAUCAGACAGUGAACACAUUAAUCAUAAACAGAGGUCAUAAUAUUUACAGCCAUGUGACUAAAAUAAAUGACUGCGUGACAAGACCUUGAUGUGUGACUGUUUCAUUCAGGUUUAUCUGAGCUUUGCUUCACCUUAAUGAUACAGGAUGAUGACAGUUUCAAGGCCAUCGGGAAUCGUGAAGACUUUGCAUUUGUCUGUCUGUGCUCAGCAUCAGUUCAGUCCUCUUACUACCAGAGUCUUCAAAUUCACAGGGAACAUU